AUGGAAGUAACAAGAUCAAACUUCAAAGAAGCUUUACCCGUAAUUUCCAAGGCUAUAGAAGAUUCAUCAUUUAUUGCGAUUGACGCUGAAUUCACUGGACUGACAGCUAGCAAACGCGAGAAUGAAUUUUUCGAUACAUGCGAGGAACGAUAUAAAAAACUUAUCAAUGGCGCUAAAGACUUCACAAUUGUACAGUUUGGUAUAUGUACUUUUAACUGGGACGAUGAACAACAACAGUAUGUAGCAAAACCUUUUAAUUUUUAUAUCUUCCCAAAACCUUACAACAAACAAAUGCCAGAUAUGAGGUUUUUAUCUCAGAGCUCAAGUCUUGAUUUCCUAGCUGGGCACGGGUUUGAUUUCAACAAGUGGAUCUAUCAGGGUAUACCAUUUCUUUUGCCGCCAGAUGAAGGAAGACUUAGGCAGAUGGUCAGUACAAACCAUCAUCGAUUCAUGCCCGGUGGCUCUCCAUCCAUCCCACCUGAAUUUGCAACAACAAUCAAACUUGUUAUGAAAAAAGUUGAGAAAUUUAUCAAAGAUCCCGUGAAGGAAUCAUUAAGUUUGCCAUCAUUUAGCCCCCAGGUGCAUGAGCUGGUUUAUAGCUCUGUCAAAGCAGCGCACAAAACCGGGCUUCGUUUAGAAUCAAAAAAGAAUGAAGACAAUGAUAGAUAUAUAGUGAUUACAAAAUGGUCGAAAGCUGAAAACGAGAAAUAUGAUCAGGAAGAAGUUCGGAUCGAACAGGCAGUUGGAUUUACGAAAGUGAUCCGCCUUCUUUCGAAGUCAGGGAAAGUUAUUCUGGGUCAUAAUAUGUUGUUGGAUCUCUUACAUAUGAUAAGAUUAUUUCUCUCUCCUUUGCCUGACAAUCUUGACGAUUUUAAGGCUCUUGUUAAAGGCACUGUACCACGUCUAAUCGAUACUAAAGUGAUGGCAAGUACAAAGCCUUUGAAAAGACACUUUCCAAAAUCCCAUCUUCAAGGAGUCUACGAGAGAAGCUCGGAAGCUCCAUUUGUGAAGCCAAAUGUAUUGUUCACAGAAGAAUUUGAAGACUACUCCGACGGCUCGAAAGCUCAUGAAGCUGGCUUCGAUGCUUACAUGAUUGGGGUGGCGUUUAUUGCAAUGGCCUCUUUUCUAGAGAAACAACGCCGCGAUGGCGGUAUGUCUCGUAGAGAAAUGGAUUUGGAAAUCAUCAAACCAUAUUUGAACAAAAUCUUUCUUUUUCCAAAAUUGAAAGAUUUUCUAUAUCUUAACCUGAAUGGUGAUGAUACUACUAUGUCGUUCCCGCCAUAUAUCCGUGAUUCAUUCCAAAAUUCUACCAACACACCAAGUACUAGUAUCGACACUCCAAGUAAAACAGCAGAAACCGUCUCAUCCAAGCAAUUGAAACAUGAUGCUUCGUCAUUCGAGGUUGAGUUGGAAGAGCUUCCCGACUCGCCCGAACCUACAAAGAAGAAAACUAAAAGCUCAACAUACCGAACCAGGCCAUGAAUGAUACAGUUAAGAAACAUACAUAUCUGAAAAUUACAAAGUAGCUGUUUAAGCACUGUUAUAAUUGUACUAAGGACACAUUACACAUUCCUUUCCAUAUGGAACUCAGCAUCAGGCUAGGAUAGAGAAAAUUUCAUUACAGAGUAGAACGUUUCACAGAACAAAAAUUUGGAACAAUCUUGAAAAC